CAUUUGGAUCUUCUUGGCAGCAAGGAAUCUCCUUGUUUUUUGAAUGAGUUGUGCACAUAGAAUUGUGGUUGUGCAUCCCUGUUGAUGUGUCCGUGCACGAGCUUUAGUGGUUUGGUGCUGAAAGAACAGCUCCGUCGUAUGAAAGAAGCUGACGGCAGAGGCAGACAUAGGAGCGUGAUAUAUCUGGAUUUAACCGGCUAACUCUUCUGUGCAGCUAAAUCGACACAGGAAUGUAUAUCAGAAUGUUGAAACUCAGACUCCUCAAUGCUAUCGCCCCCGCCUACUUCUUCACUGCGACAAUAGUAACCUUUGGCCUGCACUUUUACUUUUUCAUACCAACAAUUUUCCAAACUCCGGGCACCCAACUAAGCGCUGCUACUUUUUUCCAUAUCGUCGUUUUCCUAUACCUGAUGCUGAAUGCUCUGGGUAACUACACAAUGACGAUUAGACACCCAGCAGAGAGCGCGAAUGAAAAUGUAAUACCGAUGUGUUCGCCAGAUUGCCCGGACCGGGUGGACGCUCAUUACCUCCUGAACGGCCGUCAUUUCUGCAAACUCUGCAAAAAAGUGAUCCUGAAAAGAGACCACCACUGUUUUUUCACGGGAAACUGUAUUGGCAACAGAAACAUGCGCUACUUCAUAAUGUUUUGCAUCUAUACCUCGUGCACCUGUCUGUAUUCUUUGGUUCUGGGAGUGGCUUAUCUCACAGUGGAGUAUUCAAUUUCAUUCGAAAACCCACUGACCUUCCUCACCUUAUUGCCGCUUUCCACUGGUUACUUCUUCCUUGGGACCGUAUCUGGCCUGCAGUUCUUCCUGGUGCUGAUGCUGUACGUGUGGCUGGGCAUCGGCCUCACCUGCGCUGGCUUCUGCUGCCAGCAGGUGCUGCUGGUGGCGCGGGGCCAGACCUGGUGCCAGUUUCGACGGGGCCAGCUGGUGGAGGCGCGCUCCUCCUGGAGGGCCAAUCUGAGCGACGUCUUUGGCACCCGCUGGGUACUGGGCUUCUUCCUGCCAGUGCAGACAGUGGAGGCCUCGCCCAGCGAUGCCCGCAAGCAUGACUGAGCCCACACCCACGCCCAGGCCCACCUUGGGAGAAGUCUUGUGCCAUUUGUCAUUCUCAAAGGCCUGUGCAACUCACCUCAUGUGUCGAUCUGUCUCAUGAAGCAGGAUUUCCUGCACAAGAGAACCAUUUAUAGAAAAAUGCUUUUGUUGUCAUUUGAAAACAUGCAUUCCGAAACAUGAUGUUCUGAACUAGAUAAUCUAGGCUGACAUUUCUCACUUUCACUUGGUUAUUAUGCUCUUCAUUCUGUAUGACUAAUGCAAUAUGGUGAGAAAGUUAAAUAGUCUGUGAUACCAGAUGAACAAUACUGGGCGUUUGAUGUCUGAUGUCGACCACAUUUGUGCAGCAUAGUGCAGCAUGGUGUAGUGAAAAUGUUUCAGUCCUUUGUCACCAAACAUCAUGACCAAGAGAUGGCAACGGUAGGAGAGUGUCAGAACAAGCAAUGUAAUUACUCUCCUAAUUAACCUGCAUGUUUCUUGAGGUGAGCCAGUAGGGCGUGUGACCCUGAGGCGGUAAAGAGUUAUGGUUGGUGAUGAAUCUCUGCCAAUACUGUGAGUGAAAGAGGAUGCCUUAUGAGUAAGCGAGUGGUUUCGUAAGUUCAUUACUAUUGAAUGAUAUUGAACUUAAUACAAAGUAACCAUAAAUUGCCAGUGUUCUUGCCUACAGUGUUACAAUGAACAGGCAGCGCUCUCAUUUUCUGUUUACUACCCUGGAGUAUAAUGUCAUCUCUAAUGAAGCAUCUCUGUUGCACAUGCUUUAUCAGUUCUUCCUUUCAGGUUUAGCACUGCUUAAUAUCAGCAAUCAAGGAAAGUAGAAAGUGAUGUCUCCCCACCCGCUUUGGUAGCAAUUAGUGUAUUAUACAUAAUAUAUUGAGCUCCUGCUAUAAAUCAAGGACUCAAUAUCCAUUACUGUGUCUGAAACUGUAUGAACGGAUUCAAGGGGGGUAUCUGCCAGGGAAGGGUUUACUCAUUACAUUCUUCUUUAAUUAAGAGUACCCAUUAAGUAAGACAAAAACUUGUAUCAGUGUAUCAGUGUAAAAAUAAUCUUCAGGACAAAAACACAGGCUGAAAGAAAUUUUCUUUUGUUUUGUACAUUUCAGGGAUUACCAGUGUCCUUAUUGGGUACAUCCUUAAAACCGGAAGGGCUACUUACCAGAACGUUUAAAAAAAAUGAGACCCGCAGGUGAUAAAUACCUUUCUGAAAUGCCAAUGACCUUUAGCCUCGAUCACAGGAAACUGCCACAGGGUGUGCACGCUACAAGAAUGUAACUUUUCUACGACUUUCCAAGAGUGUCACAAAGAAUGUACAUUUUGGUAUGUUUAUAAGCAUAUUCAUUAUUUCAAACAUCUCUGUUGUUAGCCCCUGCUUUUAAGUGUGAGGAAUUACUUGCACACACAUUAUUUGGCAAAUAAACAAUUGUUCCAAGAAGCUGAACAAGAUUUCAGUGAGCUCCUAGAACACAAUGUACUGUGAUGAUGAAAAGGGGAGGUGGUAAUCCUUGUGGGGACUAUCCAAUGAACCUUUCUCUGACCUCUCUAUAAUCAGAGAGAACAAAAUGGAGAAUAAAAAAACCAUGUUCCAGCCAAUAAGGCUUGUGAAUCCACACACAUCCCAUGUCUUAAAUUAAGUACAUGCUGCUUUGUUGAAGUUAGACCAAACACAGAAAGGCUUCUGUGUAAUGACAUUAUUUCACGAAUACAGAAUUACAUUCGGACAUUUUGUAUGUGUAUUACAUAGAUAUAUAUCCUUCGUAUAUAAAGUGUUUGUUUAAACUUAAUUAUACAAAACACAUGUCGGAAGCUUACACAGAAUACUUGUUCAGUUGUUAAGGUAACAGAAUGAUGAAACAACCAGGUUUUAUCUGAACAUGCUUUGUAGAACUGUGUACUUUUAAGUCCUUAACUGGCUAGAAUUUUUCUUGUUAAACCAAUAAAAGUGUUUAAAAUUC